AUGGAUUCAGGGAACUCCAUACCAACCAGUUUCAGCCCCUUUUUGCUGGCGGAAAUAAUGUAUUUGGAAAAGCGACCCACCCAAAAGCUGUCUUCUGAGGAGACGUAUGGAAAGUUUCAUUUUUCCAUGAAUCAACAUCACGGAAGUGAUGCGUGCGGCAGCUACUUUUCUAUAUCUGCCCGAAGGAAUUGGAAUGGGAUGAGGACAUGCUUGGGAGAUAGAAACGUGAGGAUUCAAAUGCAUAAAUCAGAAUUUCUGUCCAUUGAGCAACGGGAUGACAUCAUGAAUGUGCCGGAAGGGGCGAGGAUUGACCCCCUUAUAACUGCACUAUCAAGAGGAAUAAAUGCCAGAAAUUUCCAGAGAUUCCUCACGAUGCUAGAAGAAAAUCAAUGUGAAAGUUUAGCUGAAGAUCUCCGCGUUCAAGGAACCUUACCAAUUGCCUUGAAAAUCUCGACAGACAUGAACCGGUCAUUCUGUUAUGCAAUCAUGAUGCAGCAGUUGCGGUUCAUAUCUGGCGAGAUUUUCAGGGCGAUUGAUAGGGUGUAUUAA